AGAGAGCUUGGAGAUGAGGGACACGGCCGUUCUCGUGCUGGUGCUCGCAGCGUGUCUGGAGCUUUGCAGCGGAGCUCCUGCGACGUCCACGACAGAUCAUGAGACAGCUGAGGAAUAUCUAAAGCAGUUCUACUCAGACCCCAGCGCUUCGUCCAUCAGUGGGAGACGGGUGAAAGUGCAGGACUUUGAGUCUGUCCUGAAGAAAAUGCAGGAGUUUUUUGGGCUUCAGGUGACGGGCAAGCUAGACACCAACACCAUCGAGGUGAUGAAGAAGCCACGCUGCGGCAUUUCCGACGUUUCCAAUUACGGACAUUUCAACGGCAAGCCCAAGUGGGAUAAGCAGACCAUCACAUACAGAAUAACCGAGUACACGCCAGAUCUGAGCCAAGGGGAAGUGGAUGCCACGAUCGCUCAGGCGUUCAAGCUGUACAGCGACGUCACUCCUCUCAGCUUUAAGCAGGUCUACAGCGACACGGCCGACAUCAUGAUUUUCUUCAAAGCCAGAAAUCAUGGAGAUUUUUACCCGUUCGAUGGGCCAGGGAACGUUCUGGCUCACGCCAUGUCUCCUGGCCCUAAUGAAGGAGGUGAUGCUCACUUCGAUGAAGAUGAGAAAUGGACUCUGAGCUCAGCAGGUGUCAACCUUCUCCUGGUGGCCGCCCAUGAGUUCGGCCACGCGCUAGGACUUGAUCACUCACGAGAUUCCUCCGCUCUCAUGUACCCUACAUACAAAUACGUCAACACUCAGGGGUAUCAGCUGCCUCCGGACGAUAAAAAAGGAAUCCAGGCACUCUAUGGUGCUCGUCGAACACCAAAUCCUCAACCACACCCCAAACCACAGCCAAAUCCACAACCGGGAGCAAAACCACCAGCACGGUGCAAUCGGGAUUUAGUGUUCGAUGCAGCAACCAGCAUAAGAGGAGAACUUUACUUCUUCAAGAAUGACUAUUACUGGAAGAAAAGCAGCCUGGUGAAAGAUAUUCCCCAGACUUUAAUCAGAUCUACGUGGCCCUCUAUCUCUUCUGUGGAUGCCGCUUAUGAGCUCAAGGGAAAAGGCGUCAAUUACUUUUUUAAAGGUCGCAACUACUGGGCCGUGACAGCAACCUCCGUUUUACCCGGAUAUCCCAAGCACGUGUCGCAUUUCGGCUUUCCGGCGUCUGUCACGAAGAUCGACGCUGUGGUGCAUGUGGACUCCACGAGACGCACUCUGUUCUUUACUGGGGAUAAAUAUUGGAGCUUCAAUGAGAACACAGGAAAGAUGGACAUCGGUUUCCCCAAACCCAUUCGCGUCGAUUUCCCGGGUAUCGGCUCCAAAGUGGACGCCGCUUUUGAAAACUACGGUUUCCUGUAUUUCUCUGAUGGAGCCAGACAAACAGAAUAUAAAUACAGCAGCAGAAGCGUGAAUCGUCUGCUCCUGAAUUACGGGUGGCUGAACUGCUACUGAGCAAAAAAAGUCAGCAGUGAAAAAUCUUCUGCUUGAUUUUAAUAUCACUAAAUAUUUCAUAACUGAGCAUCUGUAGAUUUUUAUUUCUGCCUGGAUGUUUGAGCCAAAAUGAGGAUUUAAAAAAAAAAAAGAUCAUUUUCAUUAAAGCGGUGAGACUUAAAGGGGCGGUAUGUAAUCCAGUUCACAUCCUUUCAUCUAUGUCGGGAAUCACACCGUAUUAACCAAACGGUGCGCAAUUUUUAGGGUGUUGCCAUUUUAUAUUUCAAAAACACUAUGAUUUCCCAUAAUGCACUGGAGUAUUCUACUGUCUUUAACAGAAACAGAAUACCUACAAAGUAUAGAAACAUUACACACUCUAAACUAAAUGAUGUCAACUACUGUAAAUAAAAAUAUAAUAUUAGUACAUACUAUUUUGAACAUUACAAGCUCGUUUAUGAUCUAGUCACACACACACACACACACACACACACACACACACACACACACACACACACACACACACACACACACACACACACACACACACACACACACACAGCUUGACUCUCAAAGCAUUUUCUAUUUGAUCAGGGUGUAUGUAAAAAAUGCUUUUGCUUUUGUCCCCCUGAGUCCCCCUGAGUCAACAGGACAAUAUUUGAGCUUGCAUGUCAAUAUUUAUUGAGAUGAAGUUGGAGAUACAUUCCUCUUGCUGUAAAAACUUUGUUCCAGUACUUACACCCCCGAAGUGACAAGACGUUAUCGGGUCAUUUACGUAUUGCUUACACAUCAUGUGCUCAUUUACAUUUCUAUAUGGGCUUCUUGUCUGUUGAUGUUAGAACCAUUACAUGGAGAUU